ACGGCAAUGUUGCGAAGAAGCUUUCACAGAUUUUGCCUGCCUGGUGGAAUGGUAACGGCUGGUUUACUGCCGUUUACAAACAACAAUAGUAAUGAUCGAAUUCAAAUCGACACCACAACCGUACAAAGUAUGUACGAGAACGCACCGGGUGACAAACAAACCGGCAUGGAACGGAUCCGCCUGAUGUUUUCAAUCGAUGAAUUUGGGCGCAUUUCGAGCGAAGUAAACUCUAUCUACCAGGCCGGCUUUCUUGGUUUCCUGUUCGGUGCUUGCUACGGUGGAUUCGUUAAUUCGCGCGUCGCCUACAUGAACUUCAUGGAACGGAACCAAGCGACGGCUUUCCAGUCCAGUUUUGAAGCUAAAAAAAAGCUGCAAGACCAGGUGACGCUUAACUUUGCUAAAGGCGCGUUCCGAUGGGGCUGGCGUUUGGCGCUUUUCACUACCAGCUACAUCGGUAUUCAAACGGUAGUGUCCGUGUACCGGGGGAAGUCCUCGCUGUACGAGUACGUUGCGGCCGGAGGUGUCACGGGGGCGAUGUACAAAUUUAGCAUGGGUCUGCGCGGAAUGGCUUCCGGGGGGCUGGUGGGUGUUGCGCUCGGGGGUUUCGCUGGGGGCCUAUCGCUGAUCAUCAUGCGCGCCACCGGUACCACGAUGGAGGAGGUGCGGUUUUGGCAGUACAAAUGGAAAACGAACCGUGAUCAGGUCAUAUUAGACUCACUCAAGGUGCAGACGGCAAUCGAAGAAGAUCCGCUAUUGAAGCAACACCACAGCAAGUUUGGUAAUGCUAACAUCGAUCUCAGCGCCAUUGAGGCAGAGAAGAGCAAAAUUCAACAAGCCGUGGAACGGGAAUCGUUGCAGAAAAAGUUGGAAGAGACCGAGCAGGCUGAGGUGAAGAAAUAA